CAAAUCGCGAUCCAUCUCGCUGAUGCUGUCCCGCUCAACAUUCGUCCUUGGCUUCUCCGGUUACCUGCCGAUCUGCCCAUUGUUUUUAGGCAGAAGUUUACCGUCAUUGACCCGAAUCCCCAGUUUUGGAGGAAAAAUCUCCCAGUGGUACAGGAUGUCUAGUAGCUCGCAGGCUAGCAAUGAGCCUUUCACCCCGGGAAUGAUGCUCAAGAGUGAUUCCGGGCGGACUUACAAGAUUGAAAAUAUUCUGGCCGACCGGAAAACCCCCUGCUAUGUGUAUAUCGUGCAAGGUAGGCUAUAUUGAACUGGGAUAUCCUUGGUUGUGUCUUGUUGCUAACCGCAGAGCUGGCGGGGAGUGCUGAGGGAAAAAACUACAUUGUGAAGAAUAUGAUUCCGGGCGAGUUUGAGUACCAGCUGGAUUUGCAGAAGCAACUGUCUUCUUGUCCAAACGUGCGAUCGGUAGUCGAUACUAUCAAAGCGUCCGAGUUGUUCAUCUUCCCAUUUCUGGCUGGGGACUUGCUUCGUUUGAGCCAGAAACCUCUAUCCACAAAGACAAGGAGUAACAUUCUCCGAAGGGCUUUGCAUGGCCUUGCUGAUAUGCAUGAUAGAGAUAUUCUCCAUAAUGGGAAACAUCAAACCAAACAAUAUCCUCGUGGACUAUGAUGAAAGUGCUGAGGGCCAUGUGAGCAUCAAAAACGUUCAGAUCUCGGACCUUGAGGAUACAGUCAUUGUGCCACCUGGGAAGUGGCUGAGAGGUCCCCUCUGUGGCAAUGCGAUCUGGAGAAGUCCUGAAAGCUGGUGCCGAUCCCGCCAGAAUCAGGCCUCAGAUGUCUUCUCUUUUGGAAUUGUGAUGGUCUAUGUUAUGGUCAAUGAGAUGGUCUUUCGCGUCAGUGACAACCAGCUGCAGGCUGAGGACUCAUGGCGCUAUGUGCUCCGCCGACACAUAUCCUACUUUGCAGAUGAAGACAGCUUCAAUGGGUUUCUUCAACAUAUAGGAAAAGAAAACAUCUUCUACGAACGCUUGGUAGCCCUUGCCAGCAGUUUUACUCCAGGGAAUCUCAGACAGCCUUUCCAGACUUGGGAUUAUGUGGACCCAAAUCUUAGGGACCUGGUAGGGAAGAUGACAAACCUGGACCCGACAAGGAGGAUUACCGCGAGAGGGGCCCUUCAGCACCGCUGGUUCAGCCAAGCUAGUUAG